GAUUGCUUGAUUUUUUUUCAACAUUUAUUAUCCAUAUAUAAUUAUCUUUGAACUAAAUCCCAGCAGACUGCUUUGAUAAAUAAGAUGAUUAAUUAGCCAGCAAAGAGUAAUUUGACAAAUGGCCUUUAACAAUUGAGCCGAUGCUUCAGAUUACUGUCAAAAAUCAGGUUUUAGCUGUAGCCUUCAUUUAAUCCUGAUAACAUGAUAACAAAACGCUCUGUUGUCCAGACUUCAUCUUCAGCCAUGGAGAGCAUCACCACAACAGAUACAGCCAUGACAGUGCAACCUACUAUAUUUCCACGUGUGGGCUACAGCAUACUUUCAUACCUCAUGUUUAUAAACACAGUACUUUCUGUGUUUAACAACUUGUUGGUGAUUGCUGUGAUGCUUAAGAACGUGCAUUUUCUCAACGCGAUGAACGUCAUCAUUCUCAGUCUGGCCGUGUCGGAUCUUAUGAUUGCCACCUGCGGCUCUGCCAUCGUCACCAUCACAAAUUACCAAGGAUCUUUCUUUUUAGGGGAUGCAUUCUGUUUUUUUCAAGAUUUUGCUGUGAACUAUUUUGGCCUGGUGUCUUUGUGCAUUCUCACUUUGCUGGCAUACGAGCGGUACAACGUGGUCUGCAAACCCAUGGCAGGCUUCAAGCUGAACGUCCGCAGGAGCUGCCAGGGCCUGCUGUUCGUCUGGCUCUAUUGCUUCUUCUGGGCGGUCGCUCCUCUGCUGGGCUGGAGCUCGUACGGGCCGGAGGGCGUCCAGACGUCCUGCUCGUUAGGCUGGGAGGAGAGAUCCUGGAGCAACUACAGCUACCUCAUCUUCUACACGCUCCUGUGCUUCAUACUGCCCACCGCUGUCAUUGUGUAUUGCUACAGCAACGUGCUCGUGUCCUUGAGGAAGAUCAACAAAAGCAUUGAACUCCAAGGGGGGAAGAACUGUCUUGAGGAAAACGAGCAUGCGGUACGGAUGGUCCUGGCCAUGAUCACCGCCUUCUUCAUCUGCUGGCUGCCCUACACCGCCAUCUCUGUGGUUGUAGUUGUGGAUCCAGAGAUCUACAUCCCGCCUCUGGUGGCCACCAUGCCGAUGUACUUUGCCAAGACCAGCCCCGUCUACAAUCCCAUCAUCUACUUCCUUACUAACAAACGGUUUCGAGAGUCGUCUCUGGAAAUCCUGUCCUGUGGGCGAUACAUCCCUCGUCACACUGGUGGUGGUCUAAUGAUGUGCUCAGCACAGAAGAGCCAAAGCAAGAUUAAUCCGGUCUGAUC